UAAGACCCUGCGCUCCCGGUUCGCACCGCCCAGCCCCGCCGCCCGCCCCCUGCGCGGGCCCGGCGCGGAGCGCGGAGCGCGGGCAUUGCGCGGCAGCGGGGAUGGGCGGUGCGGUGCCGGUACCGGUUCCGCAGCCGGCCGUGCUGCUGGCGGUGCUGGCGGCGGGGCUGUGCGCGGCGCAGUACGAGCAGUACAGCGUGCGCGGCUUCCCCGCGGCCGCGCUGGAGCCGCUGCAGCGCUCCUACGCGCGGGCGCUGGAGCGGUACGCGGACGCGCAAUGGGCGGAGAGCGCUGAGGGGCUGGAGGCCAGUCUGCGGCUCCACAGGCUGCUGCGGGACAGCGAGGCGCAUUGCCACCGCCGCUGCGCCGGGGAGCCCCCCGCGGGGGAGGAUCCCGCCGAGGAGCCCCGCGGGGAGCGGGACCCCGCGUGGGAGUGGGAGCGGGAGCUGCGGCUCUUCGGGCGGCUGCUGCUCCGCGCCGGCUGCCUGCGCGCCUGCAAACGGGAGCUGCCCGUGUUCCAGCUGCGCUACCCGCCGGCGCAGACCCUGCGCGACUUCCAGCGCCGCCAGCCCUACCAGUACCUGCACUACGCGCUCUUCAAGUCAAAUAAGAUCGAGAAAGCAGUGUCUGCUGCCCACACCUUCCUGCAGAAAAACCCCAAGCAUGAGAUGACCUUGAGGUACCUGAACUACUACAGGACAAUGCUGGAUGUGGAUGAAUACCUGGUUGACCUGGAAGCUCAGCCCUAUGAGCCAAUAUUCGUGCGGUCAGUGAAGCUGUACAACAACGGGGAUUUCCGGAGCAGUGCAGCCGACAUGGAGCAGGCGCUGGCCGAGUACUACAAGGCGUACGAAGAUUGUCUGGCCGGCUGCGAGGGUGCCUACGAGCUUCAGGAGUUCAAGGACUUCUACCCUGCCAUCGCAGACCACUUUGUGAGCGUGCUGCAGUGCAAGGUGGACUGCGAGACCGAGCUCACUCCCAACGUGGGUGGCUACUUUGUGGAGAAGUUUGUGGCCACCAUGUACCACUACCUGCAGUUCGCUUACUACAAGCUGAACGACGUGCAGGACGCGGUGCGCAGCGUCUCCAGCUACAUGCUCUUCGACCCGGGUGACACCGUGAUGCAGCAGAACCUGGUCUAUUACCGCUUCCACCGCGAGCGCUGGCGCCUGCGGGACGAGGACUUCGAGCCACGGCCGGAAGCCGUGCGCUACCACAACCAGACGGCCGCUCAGAAGAAGAUGCUGGAAUUUGCCCGGCAGUACCUGCAGGAUGAUGAUGAGAUGGAGGUGGAUGGUGCUGAGGGGCCAGAGGUGCUGGACCUGCCCUCUGAUGGCGAGUUCGAGGGUGAAGGUGACUACGAGGAGGGCUUCUUCGCGGAGUGGUGGCAGGAACCCAAGACCAAAGGAGACAAAGACGAACAAGAGAUCCUAUGAUGAGCCAGGUGAAGGGGCACCUGGCACCAGCUGAACUGGAUGGUGGUGGCUCUGUGAUGCCAUCUCGGGGACAUCGGGCUUUGGGCUCCUCCCAGCCACCUGUAGGAACUCAGACUCAUGGGGAGGGGCUGAUCCUGCCUGGCAUCCUGCAGCAGGGCUGCCUUUGCCACCCGGAUGUCUGCUGCCCUGGCACAGCCCAAUUCCUGUCACUGGAACACCAGCAGCCCUGAAUGUCCCUGCCUACCCAGGGGCCUGGGCCACCCCUGCCCCCAGUGCCCCAGGAGCCCUGACCAGCAGUGAUGCCUCACAGCACUGGGGUUUUCUGUGUCCCUCAGCUGCUCCCCAGGAUCUGUGGAUGAUGCACCAGGAUUGACCCCUGUGUUGUCUUGAGGGGCUUGGGGGGCUACCCCUACUUUGGGAGCAGUGCACAAUGCUGCUGGAGCUGGUCCUGCCCCUUCCUGUGGCUCCAAGAGGCUCCUGCUCCUGUUCCUCCAGCCUCCCAGGCAUAGCCCAGGUCCCCUUGGAGUCCCCAGCCUGGUUCUACAGGGGACCCCCGCUGUGCCAGGUCCCUGUGCCACCAUGGGACUGCAGCCUGGUGACGCUGUGGUGCCCAUGCCCUGCCCGUGCCUUGAAUUUUUGCCACACCAGCCCUCUCUAGCCUUAAGCUCCAUUAAUUUAAGAUUUCCUCUCUUGCACAGUUGCUCUUUUUAUAUAUUUACUGGUGCUGAACUUUUAAUAAAAUCCAGACUGGUCUUUUCA